UCGGUCAGGUCAUUACUGAUGAGAAAGGAAGGAGGUUCAAGGUAAACGAAUCGUUGGACGCCAUCAAGGAAAGAUGGUUGAAGGAGAGAACGGUCAUCGUGGUGUUCCAAGAGGAGGCCCGUAAUUUAAUGAGAGGAGUUAAAGAAGACCUCAUAAGAGCCUAUGAGGAUGGGUGGUUGGCGAGGAGGCUAUUUAAUCCGGAGGUACAACGGGGCAGGGUCACGUUUGACGGGGUGAAUGUUGUUUCAUAUGUAGCAAAGGCGCCGGAGGUGGCUGCGUGGAUGGUUCAGAUGGCAUCAACAAAGCUGAACCUAAGGGGCGUGAACUAUCCGGUGGUUUUCAAACCAUGGAUGACGAAGAUAGACCUGAAGGAUCUCAGGUUGAAGGAGGCAGAGACUAACUUCUGGAUAGUGGCUUUGAGAGUUCCUUUCGAGGUUUUCUAUUACCUGGCUUCUGCAAUGGAAGGACUAGUUGGCGGAGUAAAGCAUAUGCACCCGCCAGAGGUUGACCGCUCACGUCCAAAGCUGGUGAAUGUGAAGUUUGAUAUGGAGUCACAGGCAAGGUACCGAGUGGAGGACACGUUGGCGGUAGAAUCCCCGAAAGGGAAGAUCUGGAGGAUGGAGGUGGCCACUCCCAACACCGACUGGUGCCGGGCCUUGGGAGAGAGGGGGAAAGGGUUCUUCAGACUGAACUCACAGAAUCUGGAGGACCCAGGGCUAAAAGUUUGGGUGCGGGACAACAUGGAGACCUGGAACUCAGCGAAAGAUCAGUUUCAGACCACGGCAGACUGGCUGGACGGAGGGCUAGCUAGAGUCUCAGGAAUGAUGAGUGUGUGCUCCCGUAUUCUAGCCAGAGACAGAAAUAGAGAGGAGGACCAGUGCAGGAAGGCAGUGGAAGAGGCUGAGAGGAAAAUGAUGCAACACCCUAUCUCGGAACGGACGUGGGCGGCGGAGAGAGCAAGACGGCUGGGAGAGUGGGAAAAGAUACAGGCUGCAAAACACGGGCGAUGGGAAGAAACUCUGAAAAUCAAGGGGAUUGUGGUACACGACAAGCUAACAAAAAAAACCUUUCGUCGGUUGCUGCCUAGUGCAGCACAUCAGCAGGUGGUUCAGCUCAAUCACCCAUUCGACCCAGCAGCAGCUCCGGCAGCUGCACCUGCAGAGAUGCUGGAGUACGCUAGGCUGUACUAUGCGGAUAUUUUGACUGCAAGAAGGUUAGCAGACUCUCCUCUCUCGGACCUCUCACAAGGCAGUGACAUGUGGCAGCAGACAGAAGUGCUUUUGACACCUCAAGAAAGAUUGAGCUUGGACAGGCCGAUUACGUUGGAGGAGUUGGCGCAGACACUAAGGGUAAUGGCAACAGGCAAGGCACCGGGGAGGAAUGGGUUGUCCGUGGAGUUUUUUCGAUGUUGUUGGGAUGCGUUGGGCCCUCCACUAGUGGAAGUGUACAACAAGGUACUAGUGGGAGAAUGUCUGGGUGCGGCGAUGACACAUGGGGUCAUUGCACUAAUGUUCAAGAAGGGAGAUAAGACGAAUGUGAGGAACUAUCGCCCGAUUUUCCUCUUGAACGUAGACUAUAAGAUCCUAGCAAAAACGAUGGCGUUAAGGCUAGGGAAAAUCCUCCCCAGACUGGUAGAACGUGACCAAGGGGCCUUCGUGCAAGGAAGGUCGAUCUUCCAUAAUAUCCUCACGACAAUUGAGUCAGUGGAGGUCUUGAAGGGGGAGCACAGGGAUAUGGCAGUGCUAAUGCUGGAUCUAGAGAAGGCAUAUGAUAGAGUGGGCUGGUCAUUUGUCCUAACUACGCUGAGAAGGAUGGGUUUUGGGGAUGGGUUCUGCAGAUGGGUUUUAGCAAUGUACACGGCGGCUUCGUUUGCGGUCCAAGUCAAUGGCCACCUCUCGAGGUCCUUUCAACUGACACGCUCGCUACGGCAAGGUUGUCUGUUGGCACCUCUCCUCUUUGUAUUGCAGCUGGAGGUCCCGCUGAACUGCAUCAGGAAGCACCAGCUCAUCAAAGGCCUCCCCUUGGCAGAGGGCAGGGAAUGCAGGGCGAAAGCCUUAGCAGACAAUCUCUUCUUGGUGCCAGAGAACUCAGUGGCUUCGCUGGGGGCAAUCAAAGCGGUCUUAGAGGAAGAUGCAGAAAAGCAGUUCAAUCUCGAUUUCGUGCACCUGUUUACAAACACGUCCAGGUUCAGAGUGGAGGAGGUGGGGUCGGAACUGAAGCACGCUAAUGAUCAGCUGGCGAAGAUGAAAGACGAACUUGCGCGCUGUACGAAAGAUCUCGAGGGGGCGAAGACGCAACGGUAUUAUCUGGUUUCCGCGACAAAUGAUGCCACCUCCGCAAAGUCUGCACUGGACAAGGAUUUGGAGGUGGUGAAGAAGGCGGUGGAGGAGAAAUCGAGGGGCCUGGAGAGCUCGGAGGCUGCCCUUCUCCGAUCCACCGCACAGAACCGGAAACUUCAGGCGGAGGUUGACCGACUAAGGAGGGAGGUUGACAGCACUGCGAAGAGAUUCGAAGCCACUCUGGAGACACUAGAGUCAACCCGGCAAGCGAAGGAAGAAGCGUACCAGCUCGCAGAGGAGUACAAGAGGAUGCUAACAGAAGAGAUGGACUCUCAGAUGAGAGGCGACGAGGAAAGGACGCUUCGGUGGGAGGCGGCACUGGAGAACGCAAACAGGCAGUACCGAGAGGCUGUGGAGAAGAUCCACAGUCAGCAGCGUCUGCUGGAGGACGCACGGGAGGAACUGCGAGUUGCGCGGGAGGAAGCCGCGGCGGUGCAGAAGGAGCUCGAUACGCUGAAGGAGCAACACAAAGUUGCGGUCGAAGGGGUGGCGAAGCUGCGGCAGGUGUUGAAAGGAGUGAAGCAGCAGCAAAAGGAGGCAUCGGAAGGGGCCAGCAACUUACGGGUGGACCUGAUCGAGGCAAGGGAGGACGCGUCGUUGGCAGAAAAGAGGGCAAGGAAUCUUCAGGCGGAAAUUGAGAAGCUACGGGAGGAGGUGCGGGGGGCGGAGGAGAGGGAAAGGAAGCUGCAGAGAGAGAUGGAGGAGGUUAGAAAAGUAAAAACUGCGGCGACAAAGGGAGAGGGUGGGGGGAGAAAACAAGUCGUCGACGAGCUUGAGGCCAAGCUUGAGCUUGCACAGCAGGCGAAAGCGGAUUCCGAAGCGAGGGCAGAACGCGCGGAGACGGACGCUAGAAUUGCACGAGUAGCGGAGGCAAGAGCAAAGGCCAUGGCUGGAGCGGCAGAGAGCCGCAUGAAGGCCACACUCCAGGAAUCGGAGAUGAGGCUUGCCGCAGCGAUCGAGGAGGCGGAGUCCAGAGUUGCUUCUGCUCAGAGGGAGGUCGUCGCAUGCAGGCAGUCAGAGGCCAAAGCCGUUGCUACGCUGGAAGCAAUGAGGAAGGAGACAAUGGAAGAGAGGAAGAAGUAUCAAACGGCCACCGCCGAAGCGGAAGAAGUUAGCGCGCUGGCAAAAAUGGCCAAGGAGGAAAUGGAAAUAACAACGCUGAGAAGCCGUGAGGCAGAGCAGCGGGCCGAGGCGAGGGUAAGGGAAAUGAAAACGCGCUCGCAGGCUGCGGAGUCCCAGGUCCGAGCACUCAAAGAGGAGCUGAAACUGCUUCAGGGGCAAUUGCGAGGUCUCAAGAUGCAAUUUGACACAGUGAGCCGGAGGGCGGAGGAAGAAGCGACGAGGGCCAAGGAUGCAAAUGAGGAGGUGGCCUCCCUGCAGCAGCAAAUGCAAGAACUGCAAGUGCGGGAGAGGGAAGCUGCGGAGAAAGCGGAGAGGGCAGAGACGGAGAAGUUAGUGGUCGAGGGCCAGCUCAGGAUGUUCAAAGCUGAAGCAGAGUCGCGGAGAAAAGGUACUCUCAACACCAAAUGUGUGCGAGACAGCGCUGGCGAUACCCCUUCUGACAGCUCUUUUACGGGCAGUACACGGUCGAAGCAUCGGCAUCGCGCGACUUAUAAAUCUGAGCGAGACAACGCUUGCGACGACACACCUUCGGACAACUCAUUUAGUGGCAGUAUACGUUCUAAGCACCGCCAGGGUGUGCACCAUGCAUCUUCCGAGGAUGGAGUCAGCAUCGGAUCGCCCUCUGGAGACUUCAAGCUUACAGAAGAAAAGUUAAGGCGGACGUCUAGGGCGUUGACAAGGGUGGUGUCGCAUCAGCCACGGUAUGGCGGUGCGGAUGGCCUGGGUUCGAACCCUGAUUGGUACAACCAGUCGUUGUUUGUAGACUACCGGUGUUUCUACAUCCUGGUGUUUCUACAUUAUACAGCUGAUGAGGCGAGGUCUUCCUCACUCCCCUCGCUCUUUGAGUUGAGGGGAUGGGGAUUUGUUUUGGCACAGGAGGAGGGUGGAGGGGGUGUAGGUGUUUUCGGGAGCAGGACGCCGUGCUCUGGACAUGCCGAGGAGGAGGGAGGAGGAGGGGGUAGGUGUUUUCGGGAGCAGGACGCCGUGCUCUGUACAUGUCGAGGAGGAGGAGCUUCAUAUCGUCAAAUCGAUUUCUGUUUGCACAUUUUUUGACAUGUCGUUUCGCAUGUCACAUUCAGUGGCAGUGGGGGCUCGAUUGUCCGACUGCCCGGAAUGUGUGUGAGCGAGGUGAAAGGAGUGGGGUCCGAGGGGGGGAUGUACGAGGGAAGUGGAAGCACACAUUGUAUUUGAAUUUCUGGUGACGAUUGUAUGUACGUUCCUGCGGAAAGUCGAGGAGCUGCUUUGCUCACUUUUGGGCAAAUUGGCUUAUGGUGCAAGCAAGGAGCUGUUACACUGGGUAGACACAGACAGACAGACAGACAGACAGACAGACAGUAAAAGCGCCGGCAAGAG